AUGAGACUCACCAACAGCGCGGUGCCAGUAUACACCGUCGCAGGCGCCUCGACUUCACGGAGCCUUCCGGACUGGCUAUCGCAAAAACAAAAAAGAAAAAAGGAUCCUGAAUUUGCGAAUAGGGUAGAACUCUUGCAGGAUUUCGAGUUCGAGGAAGCGAGUCAAUGUAUUCGCAUCAGCGAAGAUGGCGAAUGGGCCAUGAGCACAGGCACUUACAAGCCACAAAUCCAUACACACUACCUUCCAAACCUGGCCCUUUCCUGGACGAGACAUACGAACACCCUAAAUAAAACAUUCUUGUUCCUCUCGUCGGACUACUCCAAAACCGUGCAUCUUCAAGAAGACCGGUCUAUCGAAUUUCACACUCCUGGAGGGUGCCAUGAUUCUCUUAGAAUACCAAGGUAUGGCCGAGAUCUUGCGUACGACCGAAUUAGUACCGACCUUCUUGUUCCUGCGGUUGGAGUCAACAGCAAUGGAAUGGGCGAAGCCUUUCGAAUAAACCUCGAGCUUGGACGUUUCAUGAACGCUUUCGAAAUAGACGUCGGAGGAGAUGAUUUGAAUUCUGUUGGCGGUGGCGCAUUACAAGGGGGCAUUAGAACAGGCUCUGUGAAUACAGCAACGAUUGCCGAAAGCAGCCACAAUUUAUUCGCGUUUGGGACAUCGAUAGGCACGGUCGAAUACUGGGACACUCGAUCGAGAGCACGGGUGGCAACUCUAGCCAUGCCCUCCGACCUUGAUGGUCGCCCGGAGGUCACAGCACUCCAAUUUCACCGGUCCGGCAUCAGUACCGCAGUCGGAACCUCCUCUGGCAUGAUCUACCUGUAUGAUCUUAGGUCUCCCGUGCCUACCUUGAAGAAGGACCAAGGCUAUGGAUACCCCAUCAUCUAUCUUGAAUAUUUGACCGCCACAAGCUCAACACGGGAAACUGUUUCAGAGCCAAAGAUCGCCUCUGCCGACCGACGGAUCCUCAAAUUAUGGGACGAACGAGACGGGACGCCAUGGACUUCUGUGGAACCAGAGGUCGACAUCAACUGCGUUGCAUGGUGCAAGGACAGCGGCAUGUUUUUAACCGCCAACGAAGGCCGUCACCAGCACUCAUUCUUUAUUCCACAACUUGGCCCGGCUCCGAAAUGGUGCUCAUUUCUCGAUAACGUGGUCGAAGAAAUGGCCGAUGAUCCUAAUGAUCCACAUGCUUUCUCACGUUCAAAGGUUGGGGAGGUCUAUGACAACUACAAAUUCCUCACUUCAUCCCAGCUACGUAUGCUUAAUCUGGAUCAUCUUGUUGGUAAAACAAAUCUUCUGAGGCCGUACAUGCACGGCUUCUUUGUUGCACAAGGCUUGUAUGAACAGGCCAGGCUGAUUGCAAAUCCCUCGAGUUGGGAGGAAGAAAGAGCCAAACGAGUGCAAGAAAAGAUCGACAAAGAACGCGAGAGCAGGAUUCGCGGCAAGAAGAAGAUCGCUGCCAAGGUCAACCGGAAGAUGGCCGAGAGAAUUCUUGAACGGGAGGAAAAGAACGAGAGAAAGCGCGCCGAGCGUGUUCUCGCGCAAGGCGGAGAUGAGAAUGCUACACUGGAAGCUGCCGAGCCUGAAGAGAAUGGUCUGCUUGCAGAUUCUAGAUUUGCCAAACUAUUCCAAGAUGAAGAUUUUGCGGUUGACGAAACAUCCAGAGAGUUCCAGCAGCUUAAUCCUAGCACCAAAAUUGCUCCAGCUUCCAAUCUAGAUCGAGAGAAGGGACUUACUGCUGUCGAAGAGGAAGCGAUUGAUGAGAUUCCAGGAUCAAGUGACGACGAUGAAACUGAUGAGGAUCAGGGAAGGAACAGGUAUCGAACAACGGACAGAAUCUCGUCGGCAGACUACAAGCGGGGUUCAACGAAAAAGCAAAAAAAGCGUGACCAGGUGAGGAUGCAAGUAUCUUCAACCUCGAAGCCGUCUGCUAGCAGGUCCCGUCAUGAUCGAUCGUUUGGUUCUCGGGCGGAGAACGCUCGUCCCAUGGAACGCACCAAGCGCAGCUCUGGGCUUAAUGGUGCCGUCGGUGACAAGGUUAUUUCAUUCGAUCCCAGUACCAAGAAGCCCAAAGUCCCGGAGAGGAGGGCUAGCGGUGUGUCAAAGCAAGACCGAAGAAGCGCUUCUGGCAACACAUUCAGACGAAUAUGA